CUUUGGAUGCUAAUAAACGACGACCAUGUAGUGGAACGUCACCGAAGUGGAAAAAACGUGAUUUUCAUUUUUGCCAGGUCAUUUGGGUUACGGCUGCAUCAAGACCUCCUAGAAAGUCUUCAGGGAUAUCUCCACCGCCCAUGGCUGAAACUGUGGAUAAGUCUCUUUCUAAAUUCAUGCAUGAGCCA